AUGUCUGUAAGCGGCGAGUUACUUGUAGUCCCCAAAAGGAUCUUGCUCCUCGUCAAAUCAGUCAACGCCGCAGCGAAGCUUGGCACUCGCGCGCUGAUUGGGAAGGCGGCGGUGCUAUGUACAACUGCGUCUGUCGCCACGACCCCGAGCUUUAACGUCAUCCGUCAAUCUCACACCGUGUUCUUGGAAGGAGCUGGACGCGCCAGCGAUGUCGAGAUUGCUGGCUCCUUCAGCCACUUCUGGAACGCCUGUCUGCGAAUGUUCAUCGGCUCCGUGAACCAAUUGGGUCCGGCUGCAUCUGGUCAGAAGAACGAGAACCCGUUCGCGAAGCAGCUUGCUUCAUCAACUCUCCUUCGAUGGGCUGCGGCAGGCCUCGAGAUGAAUGAACCCAACCAGAUAUCUCGAUUCAGGAACCCAGCGCUGCUCGAAUUGUGGACCCUUACGAACAAUAUGCCACAGCUUCGGACAGUAGCAGGGUCUUUCGAUGACACUCUCUCUGCUACAUACGCCACUAUCAACAAGGCUAUAUGGGGCAUUGACAGCAUCCUCAUGUUCGUGAACGUGCAGGAUGCGACAUUGACCAAGGAUCUCAGUGGCUCUUCCUAUUCCCUCGAGACUGCCGCCGCGGUCAUGAAGCAUGCCAGGAUUUCCAGACCAUCAUCAUUCCCCGGUUUCGAUCAGCCCGAAGAGCUAAGCCAGACUGCUACAUGA